AUGUUCAGCGCCAACCAAACACCUAGCAAUUCGCAAAAGGACACCGUCCGUAAUGUCGAAGCCACUGGGAAAUUCGUUUGGAGUCUCGCUACUUAUGAGCUGAGAGAAGAGGUGAACAGGAGCGCGGUGCAGGAAGAGUAUGGUGUUGAUGAGUUUGAGAAGGCGGGUGUGGAGAAGGAGGACAGUAAGCUGAGCGGAGUCAUUGUACUUGGCGAAAGUGGGGAGGACAGGAAGGAGAUGAUGAUACCCAUGGUGAAGCGCAGCCCGGUGAAGUUUGAGUGCGAGUACUAUACCACGUUGCGCCUUCCUGGAAAUCCUCCAAUGGGGUCGGCAGAUGUGGUGAUUGGGAAAGUAGUCGGUGUGCAUAUCGACGAGCGCGUUUUGACCGACGGCAAGAUUGAUGUGAGGAAGACGGAGCCGAUUGCUAGGUGUGGGUACUAUGAGUACGCGGUUGUCAGGGAGGUGUUUGAGAUGCGGAUACCGGGCGAGGAUAAGGCGAUUUUGGCGGGGCUGGAGGGGAGUGCUAAGAAGAAUGAGAUGUUGGAUAAGGACGGGCAUGUCAAUGGAGAAGGGAAGCGGUGA